AUAACUUAAAGAAACUAAAAGGCUUAGAAGUCGUGGCUAUGACUACAAAUGGUCUAGUUCUGACCAAGCAAUUAAUAGCGUUGCAGAAGGCUGGUCUAGAUAUACUGAAUAUAAGUCUGGAUACCUUGAAGGCUGAUCGUUAUGAAUUCAUAUCAAGAAGAAAGGGUUGGAAUAGAGUUAUGAUGGGUAUUGAUUUAGCAUUACAAUUGGGGUAUAAACCCGUAAAAGUUAACUGUGUUGUUAUGAAGGGUUUCAAUGAUGAUGAAAUAUUGGAUUUUGUUGAGCUGACAAAAGACAGAAAUGUGGAUAUUAGAUUCAUUGAAUACAUGCCCUUCACAGGUAAUAAGUGGGAGGUAGAUAAGCUGGUUUCCUAUAAAGAAAUGGUCAACAAGAUAAAAGAAAAAUGGAAUGAUUUCACUCCUCUCAAAAAUGGCCCUAAUGACACAUCAAAGGCAUGGAAAGUACCUGAUUAUAAGGGGCAAGUGGGGUUCAUAACGUCGAUGAGCGAGCACUUUUGUGGAACGUGUAAUAGGUUAAGAAUAACUGCUGAUGGAAAUUUGAAAGUGUGUCUUUUUGGAAACACAGAGGUGUCCUUGAGAGAUGCUAUAAGAAAUAAUUGUUCUGAGGAUGAUUUGUCAGCUUUGAUCAGUGCUGCAGUAAAGAGGAAGAAGAAGCAACAUGCAGAUGCUCAACCAGUCCAUUCAGCACACCAAAAAUUACCCUUCCCCAAAACAAUUCAUCAAACCCUUUUCCAUUUGCAUGCCUUGAAGCAACCUCUUCAUUCCCUAAGGCACUAUUCCACUAACCAAAACGUCCCAGAAGAAUUGACCCACACUGAUGAAGAAGGGAAAGCCAAGAUGGUGGACGUGGCCGAUAAGGCAAUCACCAAGCGCUCUGCCACGGCAGCAGCCACAGUACAGGUCGGAUCCCAAAUAACAACACUCAUACACGAAAAUUCCAUUAAAAAAGGCGAUGUUCUCACCAUGGCCGAAAUAGCAGGGCUAAUAGGCGCGAAGAAGACAUCUGAAAUCAUCCCCCUCUGUCAUAACAUCACCAUUUCUAGCGUCAAAAUCAAAGCUCACUUGGAUGUAACGAAACAAGCCGUUGAGAUAGAAGCCACAGUGAACUGUGAAGGAAAAACCGGCGUGGAAAUGGAGGCGCUCACAGCUGUUAGCGUUGCUGCUUUGACAGUCUACGACAUGUGUAAAGCAGUAAGCAAGGCCAUAGUCAUAAGCGAUAUUCGUUUGGUAAGCAAGACUGGCGGUAAGAGCGGAGAUUACGCUCGGGAGGAGAUCAUUCUGAGGGAUUAUAAGCGGGGGCCUACUACCAAUAGGUUUACGCCCGUGGUGUAGCUGAGGACAGCGUUUUGAACAAGACAUUUGUUAUUGGGUCAAUUCGAUUCAAAAUUACGUUUAUGGACAUGGUUUGUUGUUUUUGUUUUACAUCUAAUUAUUAAUGUGAAAUUCUAUUCUGAAAAUGCAGUAAUUCCAGCAAAUGUUACUGGUUCAUAACUGUACCCUCUCGUGUUAUGAUUUCUCUAUGGAUUUGUAUCAUUUGCAAGGCUUCGGCGGGCAUUUGUCAGGCUGAAUUUCUACAAAUUGUUAUUAUUGAAAUUUUAUUUUUUGUAUAAUUCAAUACAUAUGGUUGUUGAAACAAAAUAUUUUUGUAAUUUUACAAUAUAAAAAUUAACAAUAAAUAUUUA